CUCGAAGAUUGCCAAAGAUGGCGUCCAAGAGAGGAAGAGGUGGUGCAGCUGGAAACAAAUUUCGGAUGUCCCUGGGGCUGCCUGUGGGAGCUAUUCUUAACUGUGCAGACAACACUGGCGCCAAGAACCUGUACGUCAUCUCAGUGGUGGGCUGGGGUGCCCGACUGAAUCGUCUGCCCUCAGCUGCUUGCGGAGAUAUGGUGAUGGCCACAGUCAAGAAGGGAAAGCCUGACCUGCGUAAGAAGGUGAUGCCGGCAGUGGUGGUGCGGCAGCGCAAGCCUUGGAGGAGGAAAGAUGGGGUUUUCAUAUACUUUGAAGACAAUGCCGGCGUGAUUGUCAACCCCAAGGGAGAGAUGAAGGGUUCUGCCAUCACAGGCCCCGUGGCAAAGGAGUGCGCAGACCUGUGGCCCCGUAUUGCCUCAGCCGCAAACUCCAUCGUCUGAGGUGGCUGCAUGUGAUCUUGGGGAGGAGCAGUUCCUAAUGAUGUUGCUGAUGUCUGCGGAGGGACAAGGCGUUCUUCAGGAUCUUCUGCUGCCCGUGGAUGUUGUCAGAAGUGAUGCUCGCACAGUCCUUUGGUGCAAAGUACAGAAGCGGUCACGAAGUGUCUAGCGAGAGUCUCAUGAUGGCAUCUUGUAAUCAUCGUUCGUACCUUACUAUGUAUUACAUGUUCUGGAAUUGAGGCCGACAUCUGCUAGGUGCUGUGCGAGGAACACUUGAGAAUAAUCCACUGCAAACUAAUGCAUUGCUUGCC